AAGUAGAUGGAACAGGUUCUGAUAUUUGUGGGACCUUGUUACUAAUGGUGAGGAGGGUGUGUGAGGGGACUGAGGAUGACAUCGGUUGCGCAAUCAAUGGAAAGGGUCGCGCAGAGGGUUAAUUCUUGGGAUAUCCUUGGUAGUUCAGCCCGGAUAUCUGCCGAGCGUGACAAGCUGGUUUCUUCUGCCAGCGACUUCGUGUCAGAACAAGCUGGUCACUGCGACCCACAAGCCGCAACAUUUGUUCCCUCCGUCUUCACGGCUAUCUAUGAGCUGCUGGUCUCUGUAACCUUCUUCCUGCGGACCCUUGUAAUGUCAGCUUCUCUGCUGAUACUGAAACACGUCGUUGGUGUGUCUUCUCCAUGGGAAGCUGGGAAGGAGGUUGGGAUCGAAAGGCACGAUGAAAGAUCUUUGUCCAUGGGUGCUCAGACAAGUCAGAGAACGGAGGCCAGGGCCGGGAUUGAUCAGGAGGACAGGUGGGGGUUGAAUGUGUUUGAUGAGAUGAAAUCUUCCUCUGGUUCACAUCCCAGGUCGUGGGGGACCAGGAACCCAAAGAUGUUUGCGAGUUCCAGACUGCAGGGUUCUGACUCCACUCACAUGCCAAGAGGGUCCAUAGCCAGACGACCUGGUCCAAGCUUUGGUCCAGCAGGUCUGCGCUCUGCUGCCUCCGCAAUGGAUGCUGCAAAAGGGGAAAUGGGAAGAUUGAAGAGAGGAUGGGGUACACUAGGGACAACUUCAAAUGAGCAUGUACACACACCUCAGCCCAGACAGAGUAGGGGAUGCCUGGUUUACAAGAGACGGGGAGCUACAGCUUCCCAAGUGGUUCCUCCAGGGUCUGUUGUCACGGCUAUUCCUGGACCCGAUUGUGUUCCACGAACGUCAUCAGGCGUUGAUGGUGAGCCUGAUGGAAUAGCUUCUGAUUCUAUAAACGAGGAUAAACCUACUGAUCAGGCUAUGGACGGACAAUUUGAUGGAGAUGUAGAGAGUGAUGCAACAGCAAAUGAAGGGGAGGAGGGGCGAAGAAGGCGAGGAAAAGAAGAGGAGGAAGACAAAGAGUUGGAUUUUGUGCCUGAGGCACUCGAAGAAGAUGACACAGAAUCUGAAAGUGUACCUGGACGGAUGGAGGAUCUCGCUACUGGUUCUGGUGGUGUCCCAUUCAAGGGUCAGAACGUUGAAGGAGGGGCCGAAUGGGACCUCCUAGCAGACGACGAUCUGUUUGUCGCAAAAGAUGGAGAAGAUUUUGACUACUUCAUGCCGAUUUCUGCUGUUCCCCCUCGUCCUUCUCGUACUCUUGCUAAUGGCACAUCUAUAUUUUCAUGCCCUCAUGAUUGCGGGGCAACGCCCCUGAUUGGGAAGCCUCCCUUGAAAGAGAUGGAAAAGCAGAAGCAGCAGCAGCAGCAGCAGGUUUCGGAGGAAGGCAUGGGUCCUCUUGCCACCGUUAUGCCAGGAGAGGGAACGGGUGUUCGCGAGCUAUUACCUAAGAACAAGAUAAUGUCGAUGAAAAACUCAGGAAAGCCGCACACACUGUCAUCGUUAGAUAUUGGAGGAGCAAAGGGCGAUGGAGAUAACAACUUGGUGCCUGCAUCCGGGCAGCUGCAGCGGUUGGAGGAAGCAAUUGAUUACGGUGCAGAUGAUAGUGGCAGCUUGGAACUACGCCUGGCAUCUAGCAGGGUGAUAAAAGAAGAAGAUGACUGGAAAGCAGCAGGCUCAAGAGAGGUGCGUUUCGGCUCGUUGGUCGUCAGCCCAGGAAUGGAAGUGGUGGUUGAUGAAGGGGCAGAGAUUGCUGCUCCCUUUGUGGAAGAAGAAGAAGAAGAUCCUUGUUAUGGGGCCAUCAUGGCAUCUGCUGUCGAUGUCGGAGAACAGGGUGAUGCCGUCGUCCCCAAGGGUUCUUCACCGUCAGAAAAGAGUGUGCAGGUACAGCUUAAUGUAAAUGGAUCAGUUUCUGCCAUGUCUGAUGUGGGGAAAGGAAACGCCAAUAUCGACAUGACUGUUGUAUUGGGUCUGCGGAAAGAGCUAGAGAUCGAACGAAUGGCAGCUGCCAGAGCUGCUGAGCAGGCGAUGAUGAUGAUCAUGAAAUUGCAGACAGAGAAAGCUGCCCUUCUGACAGAAAUGGAACGACUCGCUCGAGAUGCUGAGGCAAGACAAGAAUACGAUGAAAGCAGUCUGGCUCAGCUGAAGACAGUUCCUAAUCCUGAUUAUAUUGAAUAUUCUUUACAAAAGCAUCCAGAUCCCGAAGAGGAAGUUUUGGAAGGAAAAGAAGAGAAAGAGGUAAGUGGAUCAGAUUCUGAGCUAUCCAUUGUGGGGAAAGGGAAUUCCAAUCUCAACCCGACUGUUGUAUUGGAUCUGAGGAAAGAGCUAGAGAUCGAACGAACAGCAGCUGCCAGAGCUGCUGAGGAGGCGAUGAUGAUGAUCAUGAGUUUGCAGAAAGAGAAAACUGCCCUUCUGACGGAAAUGGAACGAAUAGUUCGAGAUGCUGAGGAAAGACAAGAACAUGAUGAAAGCACUCUCGCUCAGCUGAAGAGAGAUGUGACAAAGAAGUUGAAGACCAAUCUGAUACUCGAAAGGAAAAUUGAUGCCUGUGGAAAACGGGGAGGUGGGAGGAAAGUUGCUGGAUCUCUGCAGCGUAAUCACAUUUCCAGUGCUGGAGAAAGCCAAAUUUCACUGAGCGAUGACGAAGCGCGUGCUUGCAGCACGGGUCAUGCAGAAUGGAGUGAGGACGAUACCUUCUCUCGUGAGAACAUGGCUUCAUCUCUUUACUCAGCUGAUAUGGAGUCCUUUCGAUCACUUGGGUCUUCGUUGGCCACUGAUGUAAGGAGAGGAACACUAGCACUGUCCAGCUAUGGGGCCCUUAGUCCGAUGGCUACAAACCCAAUGAGGUCAGGAAGAAGAAACCGGAAUUCGGAGACAAAGAAGCAGGGGUCCACUCCAAGUCCUGUUCAGAGGCGUACGCUGCAAAGAUGUGGCCGACGUAUCGACGAAGAGGAGGAAAUGUACACGGAGGAGCACUUAUCUGAACUUGGGUCUAACUUCCCAAUGGAUGGAGAAACUGAGAGGGAGUGGUAUUGUUCCGAGUAUCUGGUCGAUGACGAGUUCGAUGAGGACUUGGUUGAUGAUGACAAGUUCGACGAGGACUUGGUUGAUGACAAGUUCGACGAGGACUUGGUGGUUGAUGAUGGGUUCAACGAGGACUUGGUUGAUGAAGAGUUUGAAGAGGACUUGGUUGAUGAUGAGUUCAACGAGGACUUGGUUGAUGACGGGUUCGACGAGGACUUGGUUGAUGACGAGUUCGAUCAAGGAUCAUUAGAUGAUUAUGAUGGAGGACGACGGCGCAAAGAGGAAGGGGAGGCAUCUGAAGGAGCAGAAGGAGAAGGAGAGGGAGUAAGAGAUAAUGGCAAUCAACGCUUCAAACGACCAGAAGGACAGGCAGAAGUACGGUUGGAAACGGGGGAGGAAGGUGAACAUGCCAGAAUUAUGAUGGGAAGGGGAGGGAUUGGCAUGCUCAAGGAGGAGGAGGAAGAAGAAGAUGGUGGCCAGGAGGUAGAUAUGGACAAUCAGAAUGGAGAGCAUGGGAAACCAGAAACCACUUGCCCGAGUCGACGAAGAAAGGGUGUGGCCGAAGGGCAUUCAGAGCAUGUUCGUGUCUCGGAGGACAUGAAAGGCAACCAACGAGUAGUACAGAGUGAAUUUGAGAGGAUGUCGAUAGCAGAUGCAUUCAAUGGUCUGUCACAGGCCCAUGCUUCACUGGGUGAUAUGGAAAAACUGACGGAUAGCGAGAACAAUGAAGAGGUGGCAAAGUCCAGGGCGCUGUCCUGCUUGCCGAGAACAUCAGCCAAGGUUAUAUCUCAUCCAAAGGGCCACAGGCAAGCUGUAAGCGAGACACAAUCAGAGUGUUCAAUGGGCUCAAUAAGACAAAGUGGAGGUGUCGCAGGGGUGACAGGGUUGGGGCGCUUAUCAACGAGGCAGAAGAAGAAAUCACCCAAGUUGGGUCUCCAAAGAAGGGGGGAGGUGACUGAAGGUGAUGCUGAUAGCGGCCGGUUCACAGAUGGUGGUAACCGUUGUGGCCAUAAAAGAGGAGGAAUGUUUUCGAAGGAUUCAAGCAUAAGAGGCUUAGUUGCAUCAGGAGUAGAAGGGGGGGGAGAUGGAGAAGCAUGGCACUUAUUGAGGAAGGAAGCAGUGUAUGGUGAGGGUUGCCAAGAUCCAGGUCCAACUGGUGGAAACGAAGCAUUGAGGGGUUUUCGGUCCUAUCAUGAUGGAAUGACUAUAUCCAAGAGCGAGUCGCUGGUUAAGGUGGGGGGCUGUACUCUAUCCCAUAGCAGCACAUGCAAGACCAGUGAAGUGAGCACUAACUAUGGUGAUAAUUUUGAUGACAGAGCGACUUUGUACACAAGCACGGGCACAGAUGAGGACUCCAGGGAUGAUCAGACACUCCCAGAGUGGGCGAGGGCAAUGGUUCUCUUUACUGGAGAAGGAGAAACAGCCAAAGCGCAACUGUUUGGUUGUGGAUCUGGCAUUAAGAUUGCCGCAACAGCCUUGUCCAGCACUCCUAGCAGUGCUAGCGAUUUAGAGAAUCAUAAUGAUGAAUUGGAUGUGGUUAGCGACGAAGCUGAUUUCCAUCAUGGUAGCAAGUCCGACGCAUGGUAUCCCCGUGGAAAAGGACAAACAGUUUAUCAUCAUGAUCAUGACAGGGUGCACACUCCAGAGGAGUCAGAUAAUUCUCUGAUGAAACAGGGUUGGUACGCUUGCCCGAAACCAAGGAAGAGUAAUGCCCACUCUGUCUUGGCAACAGAAGAAGAAGAGGAAGAUGCCUUGCUUGGUGAAUCUGACAGCAUGGAGCUGGGAACACGCAUGGGAAAACUUGGCUUCCCACGAGGUGGACGCGUUGAUUACAAGUCAGAGGGAAGCUCGUACUCAGCCUGGGAACAACCAGUCUACUCCUCUAAGUCUAAUACGACUUACAGAGGGAAGAAGCCCAAAGUGUACCCCAGUGAUGAAGAAGCAGACCUGCAUCAUGGGCGAACUGGUUAUCACCCGUACAGAGGAACUUAUGAUAGGGGGUAAACGCGGUCAUCACAGGAUUUGACAGCCUUUCGGAUUCAGAACCUACCUGACGAGCAUGGACUAGAAGAUGACCCAGAACAUCAUCCAGAACCUCAGCUACUUGUAGAAGCAGCAUCACCUCUAGCAGCAUAUGAUAUGGACGAGCACACAACAUAAACGACUGAACAGGAUGCACCAGUCGGGGUACCAACUGGGCAGGUACCAGGGCCUGAAGGUGGCAAAAGGAGGAGGCUGAGGGGGAAGACUAGGGCAACAGGCAUUCACAUGCGGCAGUGCUUGAGAAGUGCAUGCAUGCAAGUCAGCGCCGAGGGGGAAGCAGCAUAGCGGUAGCUCGUGGCGUGCACUGGCCAUAGCUGGUGAAGGCAGCGCAGCACAGAAGAGGCUGGUGGGGAAGAGGGGAGAGAUCUCGGGAGAGGAGGAGGCUGCGGGGACAAGCGGAUACUUACCUGAUAAACGGGAGGAGAACAC